AUGCUGAGCAAGUUUUUCUUUAUGGUUUUGACUAUCAAUAUUUUAAAAGAUUUGUUGAGCUUUACUUUCAGAAGAAGAAAGAAAGAAAAAUACAGCAAACGUAUGGGACAAAAGUAUCAUUUGUUUGAGGGUGUAAUUCCUUAUCAUUAUAAGAGUAAGGAAGAGAUCAGAAGCUGGGCCGUCAUUCGUUACUGUUAUGAUCUUCCGUUCGAGAUUAUCGCUACAAUUGUAAAGUUUCUUUUUUACAAAGACAAGAUCAAUUGUAUCGAUGCAUUCAGUUCAUGGAGGACAGCUCUUGAAGAAUCAUUGUGGAAUAAUAUUAAUAUAUCUUGCCAAAACUCUCUGGACGGAAUUUGCAAUAUAGAAUCAGCUAAACACAGUGUUUACAAAAGAAACGGCCGGCAUGUCCGAGCCUUAACUUUGAACGGGAAUAUAUGUAUUGCCGAUGACCAGCUUCUUCUUAUUCAGCAGCUAUUGCCAAACCUAGAUCGCCUUUACUGCUCGAAUUCUUCUAUAAGCGAAGACGGCUUUGGAACACAGGCAGAUUGGAGAUUAUGGGAAUCUCUUACACAGCUACACGUAGACCUGUCUGACUGGGAAGACAUUGAUCCGAUUAGGGAAUUUAUGCGCGUAUUCCCUUUUUUACCAAACCUUAAGAUAUUGAACUUAGAUCAAGAUUGUGGAGUCAUUUCGCCGUCAAUUACAUUGGAAGAUAUUGAUAAGAUCCAUGAUUAUAUGCCUCACCUGGAGAGCAUCAGACUAGAAGUACAACCUCCUGUCCUCACAGCAGACGAUCUUGUGAGAAUCAUCGACGUAACACCAGCACCCAGCGUAAGAAGCGUGCAUUUUAAUGUCCGGAAUUCAACAUAUGGAUGGUUGUGUUACUUUGCUUUCAAAUAUCCAAGUCUACAAGUACUGGAGGAGUUGACCUUUGAACACAACGAUACGUCUGAUGAACUUGCCAGUCAGUCCAAAUUGAUGCUCAGAAUGGAUUCGGCCGUCCUAAAACGCUUGAACACAGUCAAAAUAAACGUCGAAGAGAAUUCAAGGCAAUUGGAACCUAUCAUUUGGAAAUUAUUUCGUUUCUUUGAUAUUCCAGUCAGAUACAUCGAUUACUUUGCCUAUUCGUAUAUAAACACUGCUGUUACAAUCCGAGAUGUUAUCAAAGAGUCUUUUAAUUCGUAUUCAAAGACUUUAGAGACACUUUAUAUUAAAGAAUGUACCAGCUAUUCUAGAAAUUGGAUAAUCACGGAGUCCAUGGAUCAUUACCCUUGUCUGGUUGAUAUGUACAUUGAUGUCCGUCGUUCUUCUGUUGCAUUGGACGUUCUUUUGGAUCACUGCGUCUCUCUCAAAAGACUAAAAGUAGAUUCUGGGCUACUCUCUGUUGGUCCUGAUUCAUUUGCAUCAGCACCUACAUCUACAUUGACAGCUUCAAAUAUACAUUCGCUACGUAUGCUGAUUAUCGGAAAGCUAUCUAUUUCUGCUAGCAUACUUGAAUAUAUUUCUUUUCGGUGCAGGAGAUUGGAGCACAUGUGCCUUAGCAAAUCUACGGUGUCUGGUGAUAUCUCUGAAAACACAGGAAGUCUUGUUAUUGACAUGUCUUACACUCACCUUCAGACUCUUCAACUUCACCAAGUCUUAUUUACCACAUCUCUAAAUGCCAACAUUGAUAGCCGGACUAUAAACCUUAUCUGUAUAUCCGAGAAUCUUUUCGAGAAAAGUCCUUACUGCGAUCGUCAAAUAGACAAUGAGUCCGCCCAGAACGGGCUCUUGGAAAUAUACAAGAAAACGAGUUGGUUCUACACAGUAUACAAUACAUUUUGCAGGGAUGAAUGGUCUUCUGAGGUUUGGAAUCUAGCACGAAACGAAAGCGAGAUGGCUAUCAAGUACUUUAGUAGUUUUAAGAGUAGUCGGAUCUUCUCUAAGAAUAUGACGGUUCCGUAUACUGAUGUUGGAUAUUUUACAAAAAAGAAUUGGAGCGAUAGUCUACCUAAUGGAUACGUUAUGCUGCAGUGCGGAAGUUUAGAGCGUCAUACGAUUACUGGAAAAUGGUUCAGUAAUGAACAUACGUGGCAGAAAAUGUUUGAUAGUCUACAUUGA